GUUACUACCAAGGUAUUUAAAUAGGAAUGAACAGUGCCCAGUUCACGCUGCCUCACCAUGGUCGACGCUACCACAUAUUCGAAAAUGGCUCAGCAUAUUCCAUGGGAAGUGACCGUAACGGACCACCCUGGGUCCUCAGAACAGGACAUCAAAGAUGAACCCGAUUGGGUAAAGCUACACGCCCAUGCCAUCGGCUUCGUAAACCAUGAGGGGCGCCGCCCCGGUCUCACACAUUUCCGCCAUGAGAAGGAGGUCGAGAUCUCGCAGCGGAUGCGGGAGGAUUUGACUCAGAGGGUGUCCGCGGGCGACUUGGUCAACUUCCGUGAUCUGAUUGAGAGCCAAGAAGAUUUCCAUCUGCGUUACCCAGAUAACCGGUCAUUGGGUUGGCGUUAUGUGUUGGAGGCGACAGAGGACUGGGUUAAGAACCAGCAAGAUUGGCCGGCAAAUGUCGAAAAGCGGAAAAAGCAGGAAGAGGCGAAAAAGAAGAAAGAGGAGGAGAAAAAAGAGGAGAAGACCAAGGCUGACGAGAAAGGAAAGCCGCAAGAAGACCAAGAAAAGUCCAAGGGAAGACAAAAGCAACCCGACCUCACCCCUCAAGAACGGUCCUUUUUGGCAGCCGUCGAGCGCGAAGCACGCACCAUGGCUUCGUUGAAGGUCAAUGACGGAAAGCAAAAGAGCCCGCAAACCCACAACCGCUCGUCCAUCACCAUCGACGAACAAGACCAGUUCACGCCCGACAACUGGCUCCCUCGCUGUCCCGACCUCAUCCGGCUCACCGGCAAGCACCCGAUGAACGCGGAGCCCUCCAUCACGCGCCUCUUCGAAGGCGGCCUGAUCACCCCCAACGAGCUGCACUUUAUCCGCAACCACGGGGCAGUCCCGCGACUGCUCUGGGAAUUCCACCGCCUCGACGUCACCCACAACAACAAAACCCUCUCCCUGUCCAUGGACGAGCUCAAGACCCGCUACGCAUCCUCCGUCAUCAACAUCCCCAUCGUCAUGGCCUGCACCGGCAACCGGCGCAAAGAGCUCAACCUGCUCCGCAAGACCAAGGGCGCCAACAACACCGCCGCCUCGGUCGGCUGCGCGUACUGGAAAGGCCCGACCCUACGCGCGGUCCUCCUCUCCGCCGGCGUGCCCGACCACACCACCACCACCCCCACAGACAGCAGCACAGAAAGCACAGAAAGCACCCAACGCACGUGGGUGCACUUCGCCGGCGCCGACAGCCCGAGCGGCGGAACCUACGAGACGUGCAUCCCGCUCGCGCACGCGAUGGACGUGGGCCGGGACGUGCUGCUGGCGACGCACAUGAACGACCUGCCCCUCCCGCCCGACCACGGCUACCCGGUGCGGCUGAUGGUUCCCGGCCACGUGGGCGGGCGGUGCGUCAAGUGGCUGCGGCGCAUCUGGACGAGCGCGCGCGAGAACGAGAGCCACUAUCACGUGUGGGAUAAUCGGGUGGUGCCGCCCGCGGUGAGGGGCAAGGAGGGUCCGUUGGCCGAGGCGUUGUUUAGGCAUCCGAGUACGGUGUGUAAUGAGAUGGCGCUGUCGUCAAUGGUCUGCCGGCCGGCGCAGGGGGAGAGGGUGGUGUUGUCCGAGGUGGGGAGGGGGGCGGUGUAUAGGGUGAAGGGGUUUGCGUUUGCUGGGGCUGGGUUGGAGGUGCAGCAGGUGGAGGUGUCGCUGGAUGGGGGGAGUAACUGGCUGUUUGCGGAGAGGCAGUUCCCGGAGUAUCCGAUCAGGCAUGGGAAUAGGUUCUGGGCAUGGGUGUUUUGGGAGGUGGAGGUUGAGUUGGCCGAUCUGGUCAGGGCGCCGAGUGUUAUAGUGAGGUGCUCGGAUGCUGGGAAGAACUCGCAGCCGAGGGACUUCACCUGGAAUGUUAUGGGUAUGAUGAACAAUUCGUGGUAUACCGUCAAAACGGAGACAGUCUUAGACGAGGAUGAUGGCAGCCCGGCAGUGCUGUUUCGGCAUCCAACCGAGGCUGCUGCUGGGGAGGGUGGAUGGAUGCAGCCGUCUGAGGAGUUGAAGACCGCCCAGGCCAAGCAGAACGCGGCCACGCCGCAGAAGCAGUUCACUCGUGAGGAGAUCGAGAAGCACGGUAAGGAAGGUGACUGUUGGAUCGUGGUCGACAAUAAGGUGUACGAUGCGACGAGCGUGCUUGCGUGGCAUCCGGGCGGCGCGGCGGCCAUCAUGUCGCACGCGGGGAAGUGCCACCACGAUACGACUGAGGAGUUUUCCAGCAUCCAUGAUGACUAUGGGUAUAAGAAGAUGCAAGAAUGUAUCCUCGGCGUAGUAACGGAAAAGACGGCCAACUUCAUCAAACAGACAGCCGAGAAAGCUGCCAAAGAGCGGGCUGAGAACGCCCAGAGGCAGGGCGAGAAAGGCACACAAUUGGCUCUGCAGAAGCACCGCUGGGUGCCCGUCAAGCUGGUCGACCGGCGUGAGAUCAGCGAGGAUACACGGACUUACACGUUUGAGUUACCCCCUGGCAAGCCCGAACUCGGCCUCGGGACAUGCCAGCACAUCCAUGUGGGCUUCCACCUAAAAGACAAGAUGCUCGUCAGGCCGUACACUCCAACCCGCCCAGUCAUGCCCUCCCCACCGGCGAGUCCAGCGCGCGAGGCCGCCGCGGCUAGCAACUCCCCAAACAAGGAGAAGGGGAAAGAAAACCAAGAAGAAAAGAAACCGCCCACCCCUCCUGAGUCGCCCACCACCCCCUUCCACACCCCAUCCCAAACACAACAACCCCCCCAAGCCCAACCCCAAUCCUCCUGCACCCCACCCCCCCACAACAACACCAACAGCACCAACAACACCAACAACAACACCACCGCCACCUUCGACCUAACCAUCAAGACCUACUUCCCCACGCCCUCCCAGCCCGGCGGCGCGCUGUCCAACCUGCUGGACUGCAUGCCGCUGGGCGAGGAACUCGAGAUCCGGGGCCCGACCGGCGACAUCGUGUACCUGGGCGACUCCGAGUUCCUGAUCACGGGGGCGUUCGCGCCGCAACCGCGGAGACUGCGCUUCCCGCGCGUGUCGCUGGUCCUGGGCGGGUCGGGGAUCACGCCGGGGUACGCGUUGAUGGCGGCUAUUUUGCAGGGUGGGGGUGGUGGUGCUAAGGGGGAGGGGAAGGGUGGUGAGGGUGGUGAGGAGGGUGGGGAUCGGACGGAGGUGAGGGCUGUGGAUGCGAAUCAGACUGAGGGGGAUAUACUGCUGAAGGAGGAGCUGGAUUGGUUUGAGAGGGAGAGUGGUGGGCGUGUACAGGUCGUUCAUGUGUUGAGCGAGCCUGGUGAGGAGUGGGAGGGGGAGAGGGGGCUGGUGGAUGCCGACCUGUUGAAGAAGGUGCUGUUUCCGCCAGGGGAGGGGAGCGCUGUGUUCUUGUGUGGUCCGCCUGGCUUGGUGCGGAAGGCUGCGAUGCCGGCACUCAAAGAAUGGGGGUAUGUGGAGGACGAGAACAUGUUUGGAUUCUAAUGUUUCAGGGGGUUCAGGGGGACGAUGUUGGUUCAGUCUUAGACAUUUGGUGGGCUCAGUAUGUCGGUGCCGGCGUGCGCCUUUUAGAAACAAAACGAGACACCAAAACCAUUGUGUGGAAAGAAAGCUGUCGAGUAGCUACUUCCUUCUCGCAUUGGUCUUGCU